AUGGCAGCUCAGGCGACAGAGAAAUUGGACCAGCUGGACCUGAACGUCCAGGCCACUCCAGCCAACCCACCCCCCGCCGAAGCCGAGGACGACUCGGACGACGCCCAGGACGACACACCAGAGGCUGGUGCUGCUGGAGCCGACAAAAAGAAGAAGAAGAGAAAGCCCAAGAAGAAGAAGAAGGCCAGUCCUAAGGUUCAAAGCGAGCCCCCUAGAGUGCCCGUUUCCAACCUCUUCCCCAAUGGUCAAUACCCCGAGGGUGAGAUCGUCGAAUACGUGAACGACAAUGCCUACCGCACCACCAACGAGGAGAAGCGCUACCUCGAUCGCAUGAACAAUGACUUCCUCACGGAAUACCGCCAGGGUGCCGAAGUCCACCGCCAGGUCCGCCAAUACGCCCAAAAGAACAUUAAGCCUGGCCAGACCUUGACAGAGAUCGCGGAAGGCAUCGAGGAUUCAGUGCGCGCGCUCACAGGCCACUCAGGCCUGGAGGAGGGUGACAACCUCAAGGGUGGCAUGGGUUUCCCUUGCGGUCUGAGCAUCAACCACUGCGCGGCGCAUUAUACCCCGAACGCCGGAAACAAGAUGGUCCUGAACCAGGGAGAUGUCAUGAAGGUCGACUUCGGCGCCCAGCUCAACGGUCGCAUCGUUGACAGCGCUUUCACCAUGUCUUUCGACCCUGUAUAUGACCCUCUCCUUGAGGCUGUCAAGGACGCUACCAACACUGGUAUUCGGGAAGCUGGAAUUGACGUCCGCAUGAGCGAUAUUGGUGCGGCUAUCCAGGAAGCCAUGGAGAGCUACGAAGUCGAGCUCAAUGGCACUAUGCACCCCGUCAAGUGUAUCCGUAACCUCAACGGUCACAACAUUGAACAGCACGUCAUUCACGGUGGAAAGAGUGUGCCAAUUGUUAAAGGCACCGACCAGACCAAGAUGGAGGAAGGCGAAGUCUUCGCCAUUGAGACCUUUGGAAGUACCGGAAAAGGAUACGUCCGAGAGGAGAUGGAAACCUCGCACUACGCUCUCAACAAUGACGCUCCCAACGUUCCCCUCCGUCUUGCUUCCGCUAAGAACUUGCUGAAUGUCAUUAACAAGAACUUUGGCACUCUUCCCUUCUGUCGCCGUUACCUCGACCGUCUCGGCCAGGACAAGUACCUAUUGGGCUUGAACAACCUUGUCUCCGCCGGCAUCGUCAAUGACUACCCCCCUCUUUGUGAUAUUAAGGGAUCAUAUACCGCUCAAUACGAACAUACCAUUGUGUUGCGCCCGAACGUUAAGGAAGUCAUCAGCCGUGGUGACGACUACUGA